GGACGAGACUGUCGAGUUAUUGGAUCGCGGGCUGGCCGUCGGGUGGAUGAGCCGUGGGCAGCGUCGUGGACGGUCAGGAUUUUCGCCGUUGGCCUGGCGGGACUUCCCUGGCCAAGACGUCCGACGCAAUGCCGAGUGGCCGCGCUUUUUUGCCUUCCAUGUCCCGUCGACACCUUUGAGCCUUCACAUAUACCAACCUAAUUUCACGCCUGUGUCCCGUCCUGCUUUUGAGUCAUCUCCACGGCUCGUUCGGACCGCGCUUCUUCGCAUUGUCUGCUUUGUUCUCCUCCUUCCAUUAGACUAGACGGGUCCAUUCCCACGACGCGGAUUCGCGCCCUUUUCCCCAGCCCUGCGAUACAGAAAAAUCUCGAAGCGGCUUCCUCCGCCAUCCCCCCUUGGAACGAAUCUGAAGAGCGACGAACAGCAACAGUCACAUCACAAAUGAAGGUCUUCUCAUCGACGUCGACGUUUGACUACGACUGGGACCAUGUGUCGACGAACCACUGGCAGAAAUACUCGCCGUGGAACGAGCGGUGCGCGCAUGUGAUCGCCGUCGACACCCUCUCGCGGAGCGUCGACGAGAAAACAGGAAUCCUUCGGACCGAACGCCUCAUAACGUGCCAGCAGAACGCUCCUGCCUGGCUCUCCCCUUUCCUGGGCAACACCAACACGUCCCUCGUGUACGAGGUGUCGUACAUCGACCCGACGGCGAAGAAGCUGACGCUGUGCUCCCAAAACAUGACCUGGUCCGACCUUCUGUCCGUGCGGGAGACGGUGUCGUACGCGCCCAUCGAGGGCGACGCCUCCAAGACCAAGUUCUCCCAGCAGGCGCAGAUAACGGCCAUGUGCGGCGGCUGGCAGAAGAUCAAGAACAAGAUCGAGACCUUCACCGUCGAACGGUUCGGCGAGAACGCCGCCAAGGGCCGCGAAGGAUUCGAGAUGGUUUUGAGGAGGGCGAAAGAGGUCUUCCAAGAGGAGAGGGCCAAGCAGAAGCUGUAGCGAUCCGCUCGCGGUCGGACAAUUGGGCGGCGAUGUUUUUUUCUUCUCUGAAUGCUUAAAAAGUGUGCUGCGUUCUUAGCGAGUGCUUAUUUUUAGACUCCACUCUCCUCAAAGACGGGACUGAUGGAUCGCGAGGCGUUUUUUACACGGCGGAUAGGUCGGUCGGAUCGGCAAAAGAAAAAGAGCAUAGCAACCCCGGGCGUUUUUGCUUUCGCGGAGAGAAGAAUCAUUCAACACAUUUUUUACACUGUUAGGACAUGCGGAGACAGAGUAAAACCCGAGGCGCGUGUAAAACGUUGUAGCGGAUAUCAUAGACGCUGAUGUACGGAGCUAGAUCGGGCUGGGUAUUUUGUACUAUCAAUCUAUCUAUGGACAGACAAAAAGGUCACGAAGCUCACGUCCAAUAUUUUUUUCAAGCUUUAUCUUACUAUUGCGUUUCCGGAGGCGUCAAUGAGGUGAUCGUCGAUCUUGACAGGAUCUCCUCCUACGCCCGUUAAGAUGACUCGGCUUACGCCGUCCUUGAGCGUCUGCACGGCAACUGGAGGCAGCAGCCCAGCAUCCUGAGCUUGAAUCUCUGACCCCCUCGCGCCUUGCCACCCUUCCUUGUCACCAAUGACCGACUUGAGGACACCUGUCACCUUUGGUGCAUCCUCCUCGAGGUGGUAUAUUACCGCAUUGGGCCCUG